AUGAAUAACAGUGAAGAGAGAGCUUCAGGCAAAGAUGAGACGAAAGUGGGGUUUUACAAGCUUUUCUCCUUAGCAGAUAGGGUGGAUGUUGGGUUAAUGAUCGUCGGAACGCUGGCCGCGGUCGCCGUCGGGAUGUCGCAGCCGUUAAUGACAGUUAUAUUCGGCGAGCUUAUCAAUUCUUUUGGCACCGUGGCUUCACCUCAUCUUGUUCAUGUCAUCUCUAAGCUAUCCCUCAAGUUUGUGUACCUUGCUAUUGGCUCGGGCAUUGCCUCAUUUUUACAAAUGUCUUGUUGGGUGGUUACUGGAGAAAGGCAAUCUGCUAGGAUUAGAGGGAUGUAUCUGAAAGCAAUUCUGAGACAAGACAUUACCUUCUUUGACACUGAAACAACAGCCGGAGAGGUGAUUGGUCGGAUGUCUGGUGAUACCAUUCUCAUUCAAGAAGCUAUGGGUGAAAAGGUUGGGAAGUUCAUCCAGUUCAUCUCAACAUUCAUUGGAGGCUUCAUAAUUGCCUUCAUAAAAGGAUGGCUUCUUGCAUUGGUUCUGUGUUUAUGCAUCCCUGUCGUCGCCAUCGCUGCAGGAACAAUGGCGAAGAUCAUGACUGGAAUGUCAAGCCGCGGACAAAUUGCUUAUGCAAAAGCUGGGAAUAUAGUGGAACAGACUAUAGGAGGGAUUAGAACGGUUGCCUCAUUCAAUGGAGAAAAGAGAGCAAUAGAUAAGUACGACGGGGAGCUGAAUGUUGCAUAUAAAUCUACAAUACAGCAAGGGCUGGCUUCUGGUUUAGGACUUGGUACUAUAUUGCUUGUUCUGUUUAGCAGUUAUGGGUUAGCUGUUUGGUGUGGAGCCAAAUUUAUAUUGCACAAGGGAUACAGAGGGGGAGAUGUGAUCAAUGUCAUGAUAGCCAUUAUGAUGGGAGGAAUGUCACUAGGCCAAACAUCUCCAUCUCUGAAUGCAUUUGCAUCAGGGCAGGCCGCGGCAUACAAAAUGUUCGAGACGAUAAACCGAGAGCCUUCGAUCGAUGCAUCAGACACGAGUGGGGUGGAGUUGGAAGACAUCAAGGGCGAGAUCGAACUAAAAGAUGUGUACUUUAGAUAUCCAGCAAGGCCAGAUGUGCAGAUUUUUGCUGGAUUUUCGCUUCGUGUCCCGAGUGGCAAAACUGCAGCACUGGUGGGUCAAAGUGGAAGUGGCAAGUCUACUGUUAUCAGUUUACUGGAAAGGUUUUAUGAUCCUGAUGCCGGAGAAGUACUUUUAGACAACAUCAAUUUAAAAAAAUUCAAACUCAAAUGGUUAAGAGAGCAAAUGGGACUGGUGAGCCAGGAACCAAUUUUGUUCACAGCUUCAAUAAGAGAGAAUAUAAUCUAUGGUAAGGAGAAUGCCACUGAAGAGGAGAUUAGAACAGCUACUGAGCUUGCAAAUGCAGCCAAAUUUAUUGAUAAGCUUCCUAAGGGGCUUGAUACCAUGGUUGGUGAACAUGGAACUCAGCUAUCAGGUGGACAAAAGCAAAGAAUUGCAAUUGCCAGGGCCAUUCUAAAGAACCCGAGAAUCCUCCUCCUCGAUGAAGCCACGAGUGCUUUGGAUGCAGAAUCGGAACGAAUCGUGCAAGAUGCACUCGACAGGGUCAUGUCGAACAGGACAACUGUGGUUGUUGCUCAUCGCUUAACAACUAUCCGAAAUGCUGACCUAAUAGCAGUGGUGCAAAGUGGCAAACUUGUGGAGCAAGGAACUCAUGAUGAGUUGAUCCGAGAUCCUAACGGGGCAUAUUCACAGCUAGUCCAAAUGCAGCAAGGAAGUAAUAAGCGAGACGAGAAGGUAACGAAAGAGGACGGUGAUGCAGUAGAAAUCACUACCGAUUCAGAUGAUUUGAUUAGGUCAUCAAGCCACAGAUUAUCUGCAGUGAGAAGAUCUUUGAGCCAUGGAUCAUCAUCAAGACAUUCAUUCUCACUCAACUAUCUCAUUCCAGGUCAAAUUAACAUUAUUCAUGAAUAUGAAACCAGAAAUGAUGAGGCCGAUGACAAAGAGCCCGACGAAAGAACCCUGGAGAAAAGGAAAAGAGUUUCGAUUAGGCGGCUUGCCUCCCUAAACAAACCAGAGUGGCCAUAUUUGGUAGUUGGAGCAAUAGCUGCAGGCAUCCAUGGCCUGAUUUUCCCUGUAUUUGGGCUGCUGCUCUCCACAGCCAUUAAAAUUUUCUUUGAGCCUCGAGCUGAGCUGCAAAAGGAUUCCAGGUUUUGGGCAACCAUGUAUGUGUGCCUCGGUCUAGUUAGUCUGGUAGUUGCCCCGUUACAGAAUUUUUUCUUUGGAGUCGCUGGAGGGAAGUUGAUUCAGAGAAUUCGAUCACUGACAUUCAAGAAAGUAGUCUACCAUGAAAUCAGCUGGUUUGAUGAGCCUGAAAACUCAAGUGGCGCAGUUGGGGCAAGAUUAUCCGCGGAUGCUUCCACUAUGAGGAGCCUUGUGGGAGAUGCCUUAGCAUUAAUUGUACAAAACACAGCAACAGUGUUGGCAGGGCUUGCUAUAGCCUUUGUUGCCAAUUGGAUUUUAGCACUUAUAAUCCUGGUUUUGUUGCCACUAAUUGGACUGCAAUGGUUCUUCCAGAACAAGUUUUACAAGGGAUUCAGUGCAAAUGCUAAGGUGAUGUACGAGGAAGCGAGCCAAGUUGCAAACGACGCUGUGAGCAGCAUAAGAACCGUGGCUUCGUUCUGUGCUGAAGAGAAGGUGAUGGCUAUGUAUGAGAAGAAAUGCGAAGGGCCGGUGAAGCAAGGUGUUAAAGUUGGUGUUGUUAGCGGAGCAAGUUUGGGUUUUGGCUCGUUAGCACUCUACCUUACAUAUGCCUUCUGUUUCUACAUUGGAGCAUUUUUCAUUCAUCACAACAAAGCAACAUUUACAGAGCUUUUCAAGGUUUUCUUCGCAUUGACAAUGUCAGCCAUGGGGAUUUCUCAAGCCACCGGAUUAGCACCAGACCUUAACAAGGCUAAGGAUUCUACUGCUUCUAUUUUUGACAUUCUUGACAGAAACCCGGAGAUUGAUUCUAGUAGUGAACAAGGCACAACGUUGUUAGCUGUCCGUGGAGAUAUUGAGUUGAAACAUGUGAGCUUCAAGUACCCAACUCGGCCCGACAUCCAAAUAUUCAAGGAUCUAUGCCUAUCCAUGCCUGCUGGAAAGACUUGUGCUCUUGUGGGAGAAAGUGGAAGUGGGAAAUCAACAGUGAUAAGUUUAAUAGAGAGAUUCUAUGAUCCUGACUUUGGAGAAAUACUUUUGGACGGAGUUCCCAUCAAGAAUCUAAAACUGAGUUGGCUGAGGCAACAAAUGGGGUUAGUGAGUCAAGAGCCAAUCUUGUUCAACGAGUCGAUUCGCGACAACAUAGCCUAUGGCAAGCAUGGGGAGGUAACAGAAGAAGAGAUUAUCCAAGCUGCAAGAUUAGCAAGUGCUCACAACUUCAUCUCAUCACUGCCCCAUGGCUACGACACGCCCGUGGGAGAACGGGGGACUCAGUUAUCCGGUGGGCAGAAGCAACGAAUAGCCAUUGCGAGGGCGAUUUUGAAGGAUCCAAAAAUCUUGUUACUAGACGAGGCUACUAGUGCAUUAGAUACUGAGUCAGAGCACGUGGUGCAAGAGGCAUUGGACCGAGUAAUGGUGAGCCGGACUACCGUCGUCAUUGCUCAUAGAUUAGUAACGAUUAGAGGGGCGGACUUGAUUGGUGUGGUCAAGAAUGGAGUGAUUAUAGAAAAGGGAAGACAUGAGGUGCUUAUGGAUAUUGUUGAUGGAGUUUAUGCUUCUUUAGUUGCACUUCACGUGAAAGCAAGCUAAGUUAACACAA